UUGUGAUCUCUAGGUGUUGAGUUAAUGUUUGAUAUGUCAGCAAAGACAAACACAAAUAUUCCCUCAGUUCAGUCUCUUUUCUGGAGGGACUGUCCACGAGGCACAUCUCUGCAGUCUGAGCACCUGAGCUUGUUUUUUCUGUCUCUUCUUCAAUUGGCCUCAUUCCCAGACCUGCAGAUCCAGAGUUUGACUGCAUCAACUUCCUACUCUGUUGUUACCUGUUAAUCUUCAGUAAAUUAUUUAAAAUUACUUUUUUAAUUUGCUGUUUUCAAAAAAAAAAAAAAAAAGAUCAUGGGCAGAGCUCUGGAGCAGUUUAAAUGGAUUUGGUACCACAGAAACUACUUCAUCAUCUUCCUCACGCCGAUCCUCCUCCUUCCCCUGCCGCUUGUAAUCCCAACAUCGGAAGCCAAAUGUGGCUACGCCAUCAUCCUCAUGGCUUUGUACUGGUGCACAGAGUGUAUGCCUCUGGCUGUGACCGCCCUGCUGCCGGUGGUCCUCUUCCCCAUGAUGGGCAUCAUGAAGGCUGGAGAUGUCAGCAUCGAGUACCUGAAAGACUCAAACAUGUUGUUCAUUGGGGGGCUCUUGGUGGCCAUCGCUGUGGAGAACUGGAACCUUCACAAACGCAUCGCCCUCAGAGUUCUGCUGCUGGUUGGUGUUCGUCCAGCCCUGUUAAUGAUGGGCUUCAUGAUCGUCUCAGCCUUCCUGUCCAUGUGGAUCAGCAACACUGCCACCACUGCCAUGAUGCUGCCCAUUGCUCACGCUGUGCUGCAGCAGCUGAAAACCACAGAACUUCAGGCUGAAGAAAGAGAUUUCCAGGCUUCAGGGAAGGAUAAUGUUGGGUUUGAGCUUGAGAGUAGUCAAACCAAAGAACCAACAACUAAGGAAAAAAUACCAGACACAAAGCAAGAGCUGGAGGCUGAAACAUAUGUGUGUCAGAUCUCCUCAGACAUCGAGCAUGAAUCCAAGAUGAAAGCAAUGGAAGAUAAGUACGACCGUUUGACCAAAGGGAUGAGUCUGAGUGUGUGUUACUCAGCCAGCAUCGGAGGCACAGCGACUCUCACUGGCACAACCCCUAACCUCAUCCUUAAAGGCCAAAUGGACAAACUCUUCCCUGGGAAUGGGGAUGUGAUCAACUUUGCCAGCUGGUUUGGAUUUGCUUUUCCCAGCAUGUUGCUCAUGCUGGCCAUCUCCUGGCUCUGGCUGCAGUUCAUGUUCCUCGGUUUCAAUAUGAAAAGGUCAUUUGGCUGCGGAGCAAAAAGUGACAGAGACAAGGAGGCCUACGCUGUUAUGAGAGCUGAAUACAAGAAGCUGGGUCGCAUGAAGUUUGCAGAGGUGGCCGUGCUCAUCAUCUUCAUCCUGCUCGUGCUCCUCUGGUUCUUCAGAGAGCCGGGCUUUUUUACUGGCUGGGCCACAGUGCUCUUCAAUCAGGAAGAUGCGUAUGUGUCUGACGGAACUGUUGCCAUUUUGAUGUCGAUGCUCUUCUUCGUCAUACCGAGUCGAAUGCCCACGUGUAGCGGUUAUGGUUGCAACGAAAAAGGAAAAACAGUGAAGGCCCCCAAGGCUCUGCUGACCUGGAAGGUGGUCCACGAGCGAAUGCCCUGGAACAUCAUUCUGCUGCUGGGAGGAGGCUUCGCUUUGGCUGCUGGUAGUGAGGUGUCUGGUUUAUCUGUAUGGCUGGGAAGUAUCUUGACGCCUCUGGAAAAAAUCCCCCCGUUUGCCAUCUCCAUACUGCUCUCCCUGCUUGUUGCAACCUUCACAGAAUGCUCCAGCAACACGGCCACCACCACGCUCUUCCUGCCCAUUCUGGCUUCAAUGGCCACUGCUAUUAAGAUUCACCCUCUGUACGUGAUGCUGCCCUGUACCAUCGCUGCAUCUUUGGCCUUCAUGCUACCUGUGGCCACACCCCCCAACGCCAUCGCCUUUUCCUUUGGAAACCUCAAAGUCAUAGAUAUGGUGAGAGCCGGCUUCAUGCUGAACAUCAUUGGGAUCCUGUGCAUUAAUUUAGGCAUCAACACCUGGGGAUACUCUAUGUUUGACAUGGGCACCUUCCCUCAGUGGGCCAACCACACAGGCAGUCAACCGUGAAUGAGAGCAUGACAGCUGAUGUGACUUUGAAGAAUCUCAAGGCAUUACUGUUUGUCAGACUCUAAAAUAUUCACAUGUGGUGACACUGAAGACGAGCAGAUCUGCUUCAUCAGGUGGCGAGCUUUGAUCAAAGUUGACUGACAGAACCUGUCUAACCCUGAUUACUGCAAGGGACAAAAUAUUAUUUGAUCUUUUUUUAUCGUGAGGUGCUUACCAUCACAGAAAAAUCUUUUAAAAAAAAAAGUCAAACACUUUGAGAAAUCUGUCAUUUCAAAUAACCAAACUUUUGAAAUAAUAACUCUGAUAGCUAUAUUGUGCCAGAAGAAAAGCAAAGAAUACAGAAAACAACUACCUAAAAAAGUUUAGGACUUCUAUUUAAAGAUAAAACACCUUAGAGCUUGAUUAAUGCUUUCAAAUUUAACCAAAAGGAAGGCCUCUUGAGUCAUUUAACUACAGGUGAAAACAGAACCUUCUUUUUUUAAUUCUUAACACCUAAAUAGUAAUAUUUGUCCUGGAAUAGAACAAAACAAACAAGGAGAAUAGAUAGGGGCCUAUUCUGGGAUGCAUUCUCCUGUAUUUUCAUCUUGUCCACCUGUUUAUCAUUCAUAGAUAAUGCACGAGUGAUUAUUUCAAAUUGCAUGACGGUUAUGAGAAGCGCUGUGUUUGUAAGAUGAUAAGAGUAAAUUAUUUGUAGGUUAUUGUAACUUAUUGCUGCGGUCCUUUUGUUUGAUCGUGUUUCUUUUUUAGUUAAGAAUUUUGUAUUUUUGUUCGUGUUUUGCCAUAUUUCCAUCUCAAUCUACUGUAGAUUUCCCCAUCGAGUUACAUGACAGCUAUUUACUUGUCUGUUAAUGCCAAAUCUAUCUUAAUACAGCAAAGAGGACAUUGGAGGAUUAUUAUUAUGAUUUUUUUUGUGGAAAAAAUAGGGAUAAAACCCUUUAUAAUGGCAAUUAACUUGAAUUGAUAGGGCUUGGAGUGCAAUAAUAAAGUAUAAGAAAUUUAUUUUAAAAACAUUGACACAUUAGGGAUUAAUCCUAAUGUUUCUUCUGCAGAAAUUUGCCUUUUUGCUUUAAAACAACAGACUAUUAAUGGAUUUUGACAGUUCAUGACCUGUGAAACGAAAUCCUGAGGAGCAUUUAACCACACAAACCAAAUGAGCUGCUGUCUAAAUAACCAUGUUACGCAUCGUUCCUUUACCAGGUCACUUUUUGUUGCCCUGCAGGAAAAAAAAGAAAAAGACUGUAAACAACCUCUUUAUCUCUGCAUUAUAAAAAAAACUCACAAACUAUCACAUUACACAAGUUUGCUAUAGCUGUGUUUCUUCGUCUUGAAGCCAUAGCCUGCUUCUCUGUGGUUUAAACAUGUAAAAACCUUAAACUUUGAGGAAGAUGAAGUGCAAAUUCAUACCAAAACGGGGGUUAGAAAUAGUGUAACUGUGAAGGGGUUGGUUGAAGAAUAACAGCGAGAUAAGGGGCUGCUGUGACUGCAGCAAAGGUCCCUUUUUUAUCACACUCAUCAAAGAGAAUGUAAUAAAGUAAAAAUGCUGAGGACAGGAGCACAAUGUUCCAGAACAGACAUGUGUUUCUCCCUCAUUACAUGUGAUGCAUGAGUUUUGCGUGUUAACUGGAAUAAACUAUGUCUUUGCAGAGA